AUGCCAUCACCUGAAUUGGCCAGUGGCCCGUUGGUGCCACAGAAAUCUCCAGUGAGCUCCCAGUCGGCCAUGCAGAACGGCACCGGCGCGUCGGACACGGGGCCCGGAGGUGCAGACUCCCUGGACAAUGGAACGGACCAGACGGCCAACGGACCCUCAUCAGACACCAUUGCAGAUGGAAAGCAGAGUGUGCAGGCCAAGAUGGGAGCUUCAGGUGCGGAUUACGCCAACGACACCAAUGGAACUCCCCAGUCGAAUGGCACAAAUGGCUCCGCGCAAAGUAGGAAACGAUCGCGUGAUGGAUCCGUGAUCCAUUCCGGCGAGGUUUCCGGGACGAUACCCGUUCGCACGCGUGAGACACCUGUCGACAAGAUCCUGCUGGACCAAUAUGUCAACCGCGAAUUUCAGUACUCCGCGGCAGUCGCUUGGGAGAACCCAAGUCAAGAAUUGCAACAACAGAAGCGGACGGAACGAAAUUUCUAUCUGGCCCUGCGCCGCGAUACCCAAGGGAACCCAGCUGCUUUGUUUGGAGUGGGCUACGAAGGAUUUGGAAAUCCGCGAACCGACUUGCGGAAUCAACACCCACAGCUUCUGUAUCCGUCCAAUCGACGUCGGCCUGGGAAUCGGAAAACUCGAGAAUUGCGAGUUUCUCGCCGAGAUAUGAAGUUGCAGAACGACCAGAUCGAAGAUCUUGUACCCAUUCGCCUUGACAUCGACUGGGAGAAGAUCAAGAUCCGAGAUACGUUCACCUGGAAUCUUCACGAUCGUGUUGUAUCACCGGAUCUGUUCGCCGAAAAACUGGUUGAGGAUCUGGGCCUGCCUCUGGAGACCUCGGCGCCGUUGAUGCGUACAAUUUCGCAGAGCAUUCAGGAGCAGAUCAUGGAUUACUACCCCCAAAUAUACAUGCAGGAGGAGCCUCUUGAUCCCCACCUCCCGUACUCAGCAUACCGAAAUGAUGAGAUGCGUAUUCUGAUCAAAUUGAACAUCACUAUUGGUCAGCACACGCUCAUUGACCAAUUUGAGUGGGACAUCAACGAUCCGCAAAAUUCGCCAGAGGAAUUUGCCAUGCGCAUGACGAACGACCUUUCGUUGUCGGGAGAAUUCACCACUGCCAUUGCGCACUCCAUUCGUGAGCAAUCUCAAUUGUUUACCAAGUCUCUUUAUAUUGUUAGCCACCCCUUCGAUGGUCGCCCCAUCGAGGAUCCCGAUCUCAGCACGUCCUUCCUACCCACUCCUGUAUCUUCCGCCUUCCGCCCCUUCCAAGCAGCUAAGGAGCACACGCCAUACCUUUACGAAUUGAACGAGGCCGAUCUUGAGCGCACCGAGAUCUCGAUUUCGCGAGAGCAACGUCGCCAGAAGCGAUCGAUAAACCGUCGUGGUGGCCCUGCUCUGCCAGACCUCAAGGACCGACAACGCACAAUUCGGACCCUCAUUGUUUCGUCUGUUAUUCCCAAUUCCGCAGAAUCCUUCGAAGAGAGCAAUGUCACCAAGCGUUCUGGCUCUAGCCGCCGUCGUGGAUUGGCAGGAACUCGGGGAGAUGACGAGUCCGAUGAAUUCGAUAGUGAUGAUUCGGAUGAAGGAUCGCCGGCUAUCGGCCCCCAUCUUUCUCAGGGUACCGCUCGCACAAGAGGCAUGAGGGGUGCCGCCACAGCAGCCCACGCAGCUCUGCGCGCCAGCCUAGGGCAAUCGGCAACACCAGAACCUGUAUUGCAAGAGCCUAUCCGGGCGUCUUCACGCCGUCAACAGCAAUUCCGAGAAGAAACUGUGGAAGAGCCUGAUAAGUUGAUAGUGAAGUUCAAAAUCCCACGAGAAAAACUGGCAGAUUUACGGAACGGGAAACGCAUUUUCGAUCCUGCGGCGCAAGCUGGCGCCAUGGCACCCCCCUCAGACAAACAAAACCGACAGCACCCCCCGCGACCUCAGCAAACCGGAGCCGUCGACGCACCGAACCCUCCCCAGCAAGGGGUCCCUGGUCCCCCUCCGCCUAGCUGGCUCCAGGCCGGUCUGAACCGUUUAAAGCAAGCUCAUCCCAAUGACUCGUUUGAGGGGGUGAUGCGUUAUUCUGCCGUGGAUCUGGAAACCCUCGCGCCUGUCUCCAACCCAUCCAGCCUAGAUGCCGGCCAGAAGAUCAAAUAUCAAUACCUGCCCCGUAUCCGCUGCCAUGACUGCCCCGGAAAGCUGUAUACCCCGGGCCCAGGCAUGACAGUGGACAACUUUGAAGUUCACUUGCGCAACCGACACCACAAAGAACGUGUCGAAGAACGGAUCACCAGGACUGGAGGGGGCGUGCCGGUUCCCCCAGACAUGAGUGGCAGCGCCAGCGCCAGCCCAGCACCGGGUGCAAUCACCUCCGCCAGCGCCAGCCCGGCCCUGGGUGCUGCUGCGAUUCCCGGAGCCUCCCCUUCCCCUGCCACAGGGCAACAUCCCUAA